UAUGAAUGUGAUUUAACUCCUCAAAUUAAAUUGUUUUUACAAUUAGCUGACUAAUGUUGAUUUUAAGGAAUGGUAAUGAAUACAUUUUAAGAAGGAGUGUUUAAAUCCAAUGAAAAAGAAGAAAAUCCUACAGGAUAAACUAUGUGCAACUAUUCAUUAUUUUAAGUGCAGAAAAUAUAUGGCAUUUGUAUUUGCCGUUCUAUCCUUGUUUGUGUUGUUUUUGGAAGAGAUGUAGUUUGUCAAGGGGAUCCAUGUUUUUGCUUUUUUAAAUUGGCCUGGCAUUUCUUGCAGUCUUAUCAAAGCACUCUGGCUGUCAGCUAUAAAAAAUGAAAUGACUAUGGUUGUGCAGUAAGGCGAGAGGUUGACUACUUCAGUCAAACACGCUGCAGCUGCAGGGCUCUUUACCCGCCGCGGCCUGGGGGGUGGAGUCACAGUCCAGUCAUGCGUGUGGGCGGGCCCUCUCUCUCUCUCUCUGCGAUCACUCCUCACCGGUGUCCAUGUAUGGGUCGUGACGUCACGCGCCGGAGGUCCCGUUCACAUAAAACCGAUUGGCCGGAAUCCCCUCAGAGGACAUGUAGCCGCAGACGCGCACGGGACUACUCGCUCAGCCGUCUCCGCAACUCCAGGCGCGUAACGUUCAUCCAGGCAAUAAGCCCCCCCAGCGUCAGCAUGAAGGUGUCCAGCGUAGACUGCCGGCAUCUGAGGAAAAUCAUCCGGAAGGAGAGCGGCAGCUGCCUGGUGGUGGACUGCAGACCGUACCUCUCGUUCGCGAACUCCAACAUCAGGGGCUCCGUCAACGUCAAUCUCAACUCGGUGGUGGUGCGCAGGUCCCGAGGAGGGCCGGUGCCUCUGCACUUUGUCAUCCCGGACGAGGGGUCCCUGCUGCGGCUACGCGAGGGCAGCAUAUCGGCGAUCGUGGCUCUGGAUGAACGGACGUCCCACUGGCAGAAGCUGAAGAAGGACAGUGUGGCACAAAUAGUGAUAAACACUCUUUCUCAUCUCGCGAGCGGGGCGAACAUCUGUUUCCUCAAAGGUGGAUACGAGAAUUUCCACUCUCAGUACCCUGAACUUUGCACCGAGGUGAAAGCCAUCGACCUGAGCAGGGUGGAGUCCACCAUCAUGUCUCACCCCACUGCGUUUUCUGUGUGUCCUGAAUGACGUCUCGUUCUCCCGCUCCUCUCAGGGCAAACCGUGGAGAUCCUGCCUUUCCUCUACCUCGGUAGUGCCUAUCACGCCUCCAGACAGGACUAUCUCGCGACUCUCCACAUCACCGCCUUGCUCAAUGUGUCGCGCAGGGACCUGCAGCCGGCCAAGGGCCACUACGACUACAAGUGGAUCCCGGUGGAGGACAGCCACAUGGCCGACAUCAGCUCCCACUUCCAGGAGGCCAUCGAUUUCAUCGAUAACGUGAAGCAAUCGGGGGGCAAAGUUCUGGUCCACUGCGAAGCGGGCAUCUCCCGCUCACCCACCAUCUGCAUGGCCUACAUCAUGAGGACGCAGCAGCUGCGGCUGGAUGCGGCCUUCGACAUCAUCAAGCAGCGGCGGGCGGUGGUCUCACCCAACUUCAGUUUCAUGGGUCAGCUGCUGCAGUUCGAGUCGGAGGUCCUGUGCACGGCCCCGGCUCACACCGCCACACCCGAGCCCGCCACCCCCUGCGCCCAGGAGUCCGCCUGCUUUUUCGCCAACGACUUCAACACCACCUUCAGCACCACAAACUUUGAGCCAUCCGUGUUCACGCUCCCUACCUCCUGCCUGCAGUCCCCGGUCCACCACCAGUUCAAACUGAGCCCAAUAACUGCACUGCCUUAAAAUGAGCUUUGACUGCUUGUAGUCUUACUUGAAAAGAGAGAUCAAGGGGAAGCGACGUCGGUGAGCCUGGUGUUGGAACCAGCAGAGCAGAUGGACGGAAACAGAAAAGUCUAAGUAAUAGUAUUCAUUAGACAUGAACACUAUGGACCUGUAGACAUUGAUGUUGUUCUCCUGUCUUCUGAACCGCUGAAGUGGAACAACGCGUCCCAGCGGUGAACUGCAAUAUACAUGCCUUAGGUUGAUAUUGUGAUUAAUGCCCAUUCACAGAUGCAGUCAGGCAUUUAAACCUAAUUUAUUUGAACAUUACAGUCUGUCUGUCUGUCUGAAUUUUUUCAAUAGUGUGGAUAUUAAAAUGUGUUUAAUAAAUGUUUUCACCACAUGAA